ACCAUUUCCUAAAACACAAUCCUAGGACCAUACAUUAAUUUCACAACAUGGAUGAUGAUGUUGUGAUGCAAGAGAAUCAUUAAAAGAUGGAAGUGCAAAACAAGGCCAUAGUUGAAAUUCUAUACAAGUCACUAUGGGGACAAGGGACAAUGGAAAAUGUCACCAAAUUGCUAGCAAGUGACCUUGAGUGGUGGUUCCAUGGUCCUCCUCAUUGCCACCACAUGAUGAAGGUGCUCACCGGAGAGACAGAUCACAUCAAAGGCUUCCGGUUCGAGCCGAGGCGGGUCGCCGCCGUUGGUGGCGACCACGUGAUCGCGGAGGGGUGGGAGGGCAAGGCCUAUUGGGUGCACGUUUGGACACUAAAAAAUGGCCUCAUAACUCAAUUUAGAGAGUACUUCAACACAUGGCUUGUGGUGAGGAAUUUGAUGCAACCAAGUUGGGAAGAUAACAAAGAUAGCAUCAUGUUUUGGCAAAGCCAGGCUCGUGAUCUCUAUCAAAGGUCACUUCCAGGAAUUGUACUAGCCAUUUAGCCACAGCAACACUUCAUGGUUGUGGUUAAUUGGAAGCUGGUUAGGGACAUUAUAAUGUGUAAUGUACCAUAAAGUGGCCCUACGGAUUAAACACAUAUGUUGUUCUACUCAGCAACAGAUUUUGUAUUAUAUUUGGCUUGUGGACCUCAUCCACUGUUCCAUAACAUGAUUAUCAAGUUGAAAGGGAAAAGAGUGAAUAAGAGGGCCAAGAAAAAAGGUUGUGAAAAAAGUCUGUGAAAUCAUGUGUAUAAUAUUAAAUGUUCAUGUUGCACUCAUUAUUGGUUUUGCUGAAGACUCAUUAUAUUUGAAGUAUGAGUUGUCUACAUAAGAAACGUUGCAAAAUCAGGUGAAAUGAUGAUAUCCUGAAGAGAGAAAUCCAAAAAUGAAACUUGAUGAUGGUACUAAAAUCGUGGUAGGUAUAGAGAGUUGGACACAUAUUUAAUAUAAUUGUUGUGUUAUUUCUUGUGUAACAUUUAUUUUACAGUA